AUGCAAGAUCAAGAUAAUGAAUUACUAAAACUUGGUGGUAAACGCGCAUGGGAUGACCCAGACGACAAAGGUGCUUAUAUAUCACUAAAGAAGCAAGCAAACUUAAAAAAACUAAGAAAAUCAGAAGAAGAAGAUGUUAUAUCUGGGGAUAAAUAUGAAAUACGAUUAAGACAACAACAUGAGAAACUUCAUCCCGCUCCAAAGGAAUAUUCAGACAAGGAUAUCGCAUUGUUGAAGCAAUCACACGGAUUCUUGGAAAAGAAGAGAUCAAAAAUUUUGCCCCCCGAAGAAAUUGAAAUUACUCGUGUGAGAGAUGCUAAUCAACAGGCUUAUUCUCAAUGUGUUGUUCAGUCAGUUAACUUUCAUCCUAAUGCGCAAAUAUUAAUGACUGCUGGCUUCGAUAUGACUCUUCGACUAUUUCAGAUUGACGGUAAAUUGAAUCAAAAAAUUCAAUCAGUAUAUUUUAAAGAUAUGCCGAUUUUUCAUGCGGAAUUCAAUUCAACCGGCAGAGAGAUUAUAGCUUCCGGUCGACAACCAUUUUUUUACAUUUAUGAUAUCGAAGCUGGUCGGGUUGAAAAAUCAAACCAAAUCCAAGGACGACGACAAGACAAGACUUAUGAGCAUUUUCGAAUUUCUCCUUGUGGUCGGUAUAUCAUUUUCGUUGGGCGUGAUGGAUUCCUUAAUUUGGUCAGUUAUCAGACAAAACAAUGGAUCGCCAAUAUGAAAAUGAAUAAUUGGGUUAAUGGGGUUGAUUGGUCUGGCGAUGGCAAAUAUUUGUAUUCAGUUGAUAUGGAUGCGAUGGUCUAUCAGUGGGAUGUGGGUACGAGGAGAUGUGUUCAUCGGUUUAAAGAUCAUGGUGGAUUCAAACCAAGCUCGGUUGCUGUUUCGAAGAAUGAUAAAUAUCUCAGUAUUGGUUCACGUUCGGGAAUUGUAAAUGUUUACGAUAAAUCACGUUUAACUUCAAAUAAUCCAUCACCUCUUAAAGCGAUUUCAAACUUGACUACUACAGUCCAUCAUACAAAAUUUAAUCAUGAUUCACAGAUUUUGGGGAUUUCAAGUCGUUCCAAAAAGGAACAAUUGAAAUUGGUCCAUCUCCCAUCUUUAACUGUCUUCAAGAAUUGGCCAACUGGCGCAACACCGUUGGGUUACGUUGAAUCCUUCGAUUUUUCACCCAAUAGUGGGUACAUUGCAAUAGGUAACGCGAAGGGUAAAGUGCUCUUGUAUCGAUUGAGACAUUUUGCAUCUGCAUAA